UCCCCUUGGGCUGCUAAGUCACUUUCUUAUGUACGCAAAGAUCUUAAUGCAAGAAAUCUGGCGCAGUGCUGUUACUUGGGAUGAACCGAUUUUGCCAGCAUUUUUAAGAAGCAAAUUAGAAACUGCCAAAUGUGUAAAAUUCAAAAGGCCGUACCGCAGAUGCCACAAAUGGCUAAGUUGCCUCGAGCUCGGCUUGCUGCUCAUGUUGCGCCGUUUACUUUUACGGGGUUGGAUUUCUUCGGACCUAUUUUGAUUACAAUAAAUCAACACAAGGAAAAACGGUAUGGAGUUUUAUUCACGUGCUUAACCAUAAGAGCCGUUCACAUAGAAAUCGCGUAUUCUCUUAAUACAAACUCCUGUAUAUUGGCUAUUCGAAAUUUUAUUGCGAGGCGGGGCAUCCCGCGAGAGUUUUUUAGCGAUAACGGGACUAACUUUAUUGGCGCCGAGAGAGAGCUGCGUCAAGCAGUUGCUGAAGUGAAUCGAAACGAGCUUGUUCGCACUUUCACUUCCUCGCAUACGAAAUGGAACUUUAAUCCGCCUCUUGCGCCACACAUGGGAGGCGCUUGGGAACGUUUAGUGCGCUCCAUAAAAAAUGUUUUCUAUAAAAUAACACCUACUCGCUCGCCAAACGAAGAGCUUUUGAGAAGUAUGAUGGCUGAAAUUGAAAAUAUUAUAAAUUCGCGGCCCUUAACGUACGUUCCUCUCGAUAACAGCGACGCUGAAGCGAUCACACCAAAUCACCUUUUGCUGGGGAGCUCAAGCGGCAUGAAGCCAUAUGCGCUCUUGGACGAUAGCGCAGUUGUGCUGAAAA